AACCCUGAGGUUUCCACACAUGUGGAUCACCUUUUACAGUCAGUUGCUGCCCACUGCCUGCUGUAGAUGUUUUAUCAGAGGAAGGAGGGGAGAGGAACUGGAUACUUGGCAGCAGGGACUGUUGAGGGGAGGAGAAGGUUGGUGAAACUCCCAGAUUUGUGUACUUAAAGGGAGAGUGAGUGCUCAGUAGAGACGAGACCCACACUUGAACUGCCCCGACACAGCUGGAGAAAGACAGAGAGGGAGGGAGGGAGGGAAGGGGAAGGUUGUUUCAAAAUAGAAGGCGUCGCUGAAAUAACAGUGAGAAAAUUUUGGGCUGAGCUUUCACAGAUUUUAGGAUGGCAUUUGGGAGAGGAGGCCAGAGCAGGCAGAGCUACCUCAGUCUCUGAACACCAAUGGAGGGAGAGAGCUCUGACGCUCCCCUGACGGUGUGAUGUGGCCAUGGAGAAAGUAGCCAUGGCAGACUCCUUUCUCCCCAUGCCCUGUGUGCCACAGAGAGCCAAGCCCCAGACCCUGCAACCUGGCAUGGAAGACCAACCCUCCUCCAGCCCCAGCCCGGAGCCUGACACCUCAACCCCUACCCCCACCUCGCCCUCCCCUUGCCCCCUUAGCCAGCUCCUGUUCCAGCAGCAGCCCGGGCCCCCGGGCUCAGCUGUGUCGGCCCUGCAGUCCAAGGUCAAGGCCCUGUCUGAACGCAACAAGGCUGCAGGGAGGGAGGCUUUCAAGGCAGGCAUGGAUAAGAAGGCCUUUCCUGUGUCCUCUUCUCUAUUCGGUCCUGUCCUGGUGAGCUGGGGCUCAAGUAGUAGCGACGAAGAUGCAGAGUCCCAGGGUUCCACGCUCCACCCAGUGGUGCCAGACAGCCUGAUGGAGGGGGUGGGGACGGGUGGGUUGGACUUCAGCCUGCUUGCGCUCCCACAUGAACAGGGUGAGGGCUCCAGCCUGGAGAACCUGUCUGAUGUUAACGCCAACUCUAGUCCCCUGGCGGAUAAUGUUAGCGCUUCUAAUGCGGCUAAACCCUGCGUCUCUCCCAAGGGGUUCUGGAAGGCCACCAGGCCCGAAACGCUACUGCUGAACGGAGACGCGCCUCCGGCCCCAGACAGGCCUUUGGUCGGGGCCCCAGGGGGCCAGCAGCGGAAAGCCAGGGUCCACGGCGGGGUGGGCAGGGAGCUGCUACGCCGUGACAGCCUGGAGGGUCUGAGGCGGUGUAUGGGCGAACUGGGUCCCCAGGGGCCAAUGGGGGGCCUGUGGAGGGCUGACAGCCUGGAGAGUCUGUGCAGCAGUGGGAGUGCCAUGUCUCUAGCAGAGAGAGUGGAGAUGAAUCGGGGCGUCCUCAAGCAGAUGCUGAACAAGAGCCAGGGACCAGAGCCAGUGAGCCUCAGCCCUCUGCUCUCUGAAGCCUCGGCCCUCUGCUCUCUGGAGAGGGAGCAGAGUGCCGAGGAGGGGACCCAUUGCAAUGGGAGAGGUUCCAUUGCGCUGAAUGACAGUGACUGGGAUUCAGGAAUCUCCCUCCAAGACAGCGAGCACAGCCAAAGGGCCUUUGUGUCCAGCGAGGACCUGCCGCUGAGUCCGCGCCAUGAGCAGGCCAAGCGGCUCCUGGAGAGAGCCCGUAUGAAGGCCCGUUCCUUCCCACUCAAGGCCGACCACACCAUCCUACCCGUCCAGAGGGACAACCCGGAGCAGCUGUCGACGGCUGGAGCUUCCUUGCACCGGGCUCUGCUGGCGGGGAAGGACAGCCAGUCGGUGUCGUCGGCGACGGUUCCUGCAGUUACCUCGUUCUCAGGAAACCUCAGUGACUCCUCCAGCAGCGACUCGGCCUGUGGCCCCCGCCGACGUCCCGGCCAAUCACCAACGCGGGUCCGCUUCGAGGACGAGUCGGAGAAAGAUGCGGAGGUGCGCUACUUGGAGAGGCUCCGCCAGAGAAGGAGGGCGGGUGAGAGGGCCCAGGGUCUUCUUAUAUCCAAGCCUAAUCUCUCUUCCUAUGUCAAUGGGCGGAGGGACACUGAUCCAGGAACUGGAACAGUGAUUGAGCGAGGGCACAAGAAGGCCCACAGGGCACAGGAAGGCCAAUUAAACGGUGGCAGCCAUUUCAAAUCUGUGGUGGCACAAGAGGAGGCGCUUAACAGGCAGUGCAACUCGUGCGGGACGUUCCUUGAAGGAGGGGUCCUGAACCCAGGCCUCCAUCCGAACCUUUCACCCCUGAACCUGAACCUCCAUCAGAACCCUUCACCCCCAAUAGGGCAGAACUACCCGGUGAACAGAGAGGGGGAGGAGAAGGUGCUGAUGCCUUGCUGGGUGGCUCCCAGCGAGCCCAGCCGGACAGUUCAUACCGAGCUGAUCAAGGAGACAUACAUUGGGAAGGUAACCCCUGGCGAUGUGGCAGAUAGCGAAGGGAUGGGCCUCGGCUCGGCCGGAGAGACGGACAGCAGCAGUGGUGGUGGUGGAGGUGGUGGGAGUGUUCGAGUGUCGACAAUGAAGGUGAAGAGGAGGAGUAGGAGAGGUGAGCUUUUGGGCACCAAUGGGCAAGGAGCACCCAUCACGAUGCCACCAACACCACCAGCACCCAGGCCCAAUCACAGCUUGGCGCCGAUGAGCUCAACCAAUGGUAUUGUGGUGGUGCCACCCAACCCGUACCCCAUUGAGCAACCAGAGUCAAAGGUGGUGGGUUUUCCCACUCACUCCCCUGCGCCCCCAGAUGAACCCACAAACAGUCCCCCGUGCCUCAAGGGCACCCCCUUUCCCCCUUCCCCAACGCCCAUCAAAUCAGCUCUGAAAUCAGGACCCAAGAGCCGACCCAAUGGCCAGCGAGUGGUCAAACUCAUGCCUUCACCACAGUAUCGCCUUUUGCCCCAGAACUCCUUGGUGGACCAAGGGAGAGGGGCAGCACCUAGCCCCCAGAACAAGCACUCUGUCGGCGCGAACUUCAUGGAGUAUGGUUCCUCUUUGGGGCUGACUUACAGCACCGACACAAUGAUGCCCUGUAUCAGGCCUGCCUCCCUGCUGAAGACCUCCCCAUCGCCAGCUAGGACAGCAGUAGAGAAGAUGGGGGACCCUGCGUCACCAGAAGUGGAGCAUCAUCAUCCAGGGAUGGAAGAGCUCUGUCCUGAAGGAACCAGCAUCAUUACCCCGCCCCCGUACCGCUCUGGGGGUGAUGUAUGGGUCAGGGGACCAAUGAGAGCAGAGCAUCAAAGGGAGGACAGCCCUAGUCCAACUCAGAGGGUAAGGGUGGAGACAGAGCAGCGGGAGGGCAGAUCCAAGCUCUCUCUGCGUCGUUUCUUCUCCGCCAUCGGCCUAAAUGGAGUGGGGAAGCUGGGUAAAGGGCGCUCCAGUAGCAUGGAGCAGCUUAGCUUCCAGCCCCGUGGCCUCCCCCCGGCCUCUCCUGGCCCCACCUCCAACCCCGGUCCCAGCCUCGGCACCCCCAAGUGCCCAGACCCCAGCCAGCUGAGGAAAGCACCUUCGCUCCAAUCCCUACGCAUGGGGUCACCCUUUAUGCAGCUGAGGAAAUCGUCAUCAGUCCAGAAUUUACAGUCGUCAAAGAAGAAAGAUCGCUCCAGUGCGUACACACCUGGAGACCAACCCAGCAGCCCUGCUCUCAGUAGGGGAUUUCAGAGGGCUCUGAGUGUGGAGGAUGUGGGCUGCCCUAGCGGGGUGCGCUCUGUGGGGAGGGUGGCCCAAGCCUUCCCUGAUGGGACCCUUCUGCUGGAGCUUAGCAGACCCCCCGACGGCCCAUUCGGCUUCCUCAUCUCCCGGGGCAAAGGACGACCAGACUCGGGUGUGUACGUGGAGGAGAUGGGCGACAGCAGCACAGAGAAGCUGUAUGCGGGGCUGUUGGGAGUGGGAGACGAGCUGCUGGAGGUGAACGGUGAGAAGGUGGCUGGUCUCAGUCUGGACCUGGUGACUUGCCUAAUGACCCAGGACAACAUAGCCUCUAUCCGCGUGCUCCGACACAGGAGACUCCCCCCUCCUCGCUAGGCAACCUGAGGACCGCCGGUUACAGUGGAGACACCAUGGAAACCGGCAAUGUCAUGGCAACCACAGACGCCAUGGCAACCAUCGACGCCACAGAAACCACAAACCCCAUGGAAACCUGGGGUGUUGGGGGUAUGACAGAGGGACAGUGUGUGUGAUCGGCUUUAUGACUGUGGCUAUUUCUAUGCCUGCUUGCUUUGACAGCAGUAAUAAUGUCUUCUCUCUAAAUAGAGCAUUAUUCUUCUGAAGACACAUCAAGAUGUUUGACACGAUUUGCUCUCCUAUAUGGGUCACAUGAGGUUGCUAUAAGAGCAGUAGCUGUCUCAUGUCCUGUUACAGUGCCUUCCGAAAGUAUUCGGCCCCCUUGAACUUUGACCUUUUGCCACAUUUCAGGCUUCAAACAUAAAGAUAUAAAACUGUAUUUUUUUGAAGAAUCAACAAC